UUUAAUCUAAAAUGAAAUUAUUUAGAUACAGUAGUUUGAAUAAAGAAAAUUAUGUCAGGACCAUUAAGAUUUUUGCAUUGUAAGAUUAUUUUCAUGACAGCAUUAUAUAGUUUAUUGUAUGUGUGUGUGUAUAUUUAUAUUCAUUCGACAUGAAAUAUGAUCUGAACAUUUCUUCUUGAGAUUCACCCAAAAAAUAGUAGGCUAAUGAUAAAUAAAUUAAUAUAUGUACACAUGUAUUUGUGAAAAAGUUCUGAGAAAAUUGUUAAAAAUGUAAAUUAAUAAAUUAAUAAAACCAAAUUAUUCUAAUAAACACACACACACACACACACACACAUAACAUAUGUUACAAUGUAAUAUGAUAAUUCGUGAAUUGGGAGGAUUCUUGUGCAUUUAGGGUGAAAAAUGAAUUGACCCAGACAUGUUCUUGACACAUUCAUUAAUAAAGACUAAACAACUAAAAUUAACUACAAAAAUGCUUUCUACAAAAGUGUUUGACCCUAACCAUCACCCGUAUCACGUCUGAUUUGAGUUCACAUAAUGCACAUGUGAGGCAGCAAGGGGUUAACAUCCCUGAACUCUCUUCCCUGGACACAUUCACAGCAUCUGUGUCCAACCAUUAAAUCCUGUCCUCAUUCCUGCUAAGCUAGACAGACAGCCAGCUGAGCCAAUCACAGCCUUCAGCUGCCCCACAGCCAACCAAUAGCAAAACAGGAAUGGAGGAGGGACGUUGCUGGAUCACAUAGCUUGGGUUUGUAGCAUCCUUGUAGCUCUUCUUGUCUUGUCUUUGAAUAGAAUGAUAUGAAAGAAAAACAGAAAACAGCUGAAAAGGAAGAAAUGAGAUGUGAUUUUGUACGGUAGGACGAAAUGUGGUGAACGCAGGGAUCCAGAGGGGAAAAACAUUUCAAUUUACAGCCUCUCAGCUGGUCUGUUCUAGCUGAGGAACGCAGGAGGAGGGGUGAAAGAAGAAAUUCCCACUCCUUUUUUUCCAUCGGCUGCCUGGAAAACCUUGGAAGGACAUCGUCCGUGGCCACAUUUCUCCAUGAACAGGAUUCUUGUCAGGAGUUCAGGAACACCGUGAGCGCUUCAUGGCCGACGCCAUGUUGGAGGAUUGAUUCCCAGUAGGGUUGCCUUCAAAACGCACUCGGCUCGUCUCCACGACGCCGUCCUGCAACAACUAUGUCUCUGACCACCACCAAACCCGAUUUGUUCACGUCCACCCAAACCCUGACCCCAUUCCCAGCCCCCACCCUCCCCCUCACUACCUUAAUUCCUUUUCUCACAAGUUCAGGAGAGCCCAGAACUGAGCCAGAGAACGUCACGUCUAGGACCGUCUUCCGCUCCAUCACGUCGUCCGCCAACGAGACCGGCCUCAACUCCACGCAGCUGCCCGUCGCAUCUGUAGAAGGCGCAGGGAUGGGAAUGGUGCUCGUACCCUUUGGCAUCAUCACAGUCAUUGGGCUGGCUGUUGUUGUGCUUCUGUACAUCCGGAAAAAGAAAAGGCUGGAGAAACUGAGACACCAGCUGAUGCCCAUGUAUAACUUUGAUCCAGCGGAAGAACAGGAUGAUCUAGAGCAGGAACUCUUGGACCACGGACGAGACGGAAGCCCAGCAGGACCAAACUCCAAAACACUGACCACAAGUCAGGGAACAACUCAAAAACCCAGUCGACUUGUUUUCACUGACGUGGCCGAUGCCAUUAAUGCAUGACGCCACUCAAUGCUGCACAGGAAGAGAGGGGCACAGAAAUCUGGACAACUGGACACAUUGAUUCAGGAAUAUUUGCAUUGACAUUUGGUACAAUAGAGUAAAAAAAAAAAAAUCCCACUAAAAUUUGAAAUAUUGGGUUAACUGCUGCCUUUUUAAUUAAUGAUUUCUAAGCCAACGUUACAAUCUGCAGUAGUAAGAUCAUUACAUUUUUGACCACUUUAAUUUUAAUUAUAAGAAUUUAGUAUAAACCAAGAAAACUAUUGAGUGCAAAUGGCAAAAAUUAUUGUACCAAAUACACAAUGACAAAAAUAUUUUUUACAGUGUGCACUGACGAAUAUGACAUUAUACGUUUUAAGGACACUUGAUUUAAAAGACUGCAAAAAAGAAAAGUUCUUCACUACUACAAAAUUCAGCUGGAUCUGUCCAACUGUUAUAAGUUAUAACCACUCAUGCAACAUGGACUUUAUUUUUUUUUUUAAGAUAAUCUCUAGAUGUAAUAAGAAUCACUUUGAGCCUCAUACAUGAAACAUGAGCAGAACGAAUGUCUCUGUAAAUAUUUUGCAAAACCAUUUUGACAAAUUGUUGCAUAAUGUGACAAUUUAGGAAACAAUGAUUUUAGAAACACUGAAUGAGGCUCAUUGUGUUCCUUGUUUAUCUGAAUGACUGAUAAAAUAAUCAGUUAUGCAGAUUAUUUAUUUUUAAGAAGGGAAUCCAAAUGCAACUAAAACCCUUUUUGUUUGAGGGAAAUCUAUUAGUUUGGUGAAUGAGAGAACCACAUGAUUUAUUAUUUAUUCACAACUGAAAGCAUUCUGUGAACUGAUUCACUAAAAGGAAAUACAUGAACUUUCCCCAUGAAGAGAAUUUCAGCUUUAAAGUUACUUUGUUUAAUUUAAAUUGUGAUGAACUGUCAGACAUGACAUCAGGCAGCCGGUUAAGAGUGUGAGACAGUAUUAUAAAGAUCUUCCAUGUGAUAUGAGCUCACUGUUUCGGUUCAUUGAAACACAAAUGUUCUGUCACAGAGUAUGAAUCUGAACAAAUGAUGAACGUUGACCGAUUACACAAGAUUUGUGUGUGUGUGUGUGUGUGUGUGUGUCUGUUUGUGUGGUUGUAUAGAUGUAAUAAUCCUCUGUGCACCACAAACCAGCAGUGGAUCAUUUUAAAGAAGUUUUUAACUUUUAUGACAAUGAAGGACAUAAUAAAAAGGAUAUUUACACUA